CACCAGUCUGAGUCCUUGAGCCUCUGCAGCCUCAGAAGAGGGAGUCCUUAGCUGAAACCUCCAGGAACCGAGGGCCCAGAAGGCUUCUCAGGAUGGAUGUCACCCGCCUACUCCUGGCCACUCUCGUGGGCUUCCUGUGCUUCCUCACCGUCCACAGCCACCUGGUAUUCGAGGAGACGCUUGGAGAUGACAGGAGUCUGAAGAGCAACUCUUCCAUCAACUCACUGGAUUUCUCCUCUGUUUCCAUCGUGGCACUGAACAAGAAAUCCAAGAAGAUCAGCAGAAAAGAAGCGGAGAAGCGGAAGAGGUCUUCCAAGAAAAAGGCUUCGAUGAAGAAGGUGGCACGGCCCCCGCCACCUUCGCCUUGCGUGGCCACCCGCGACAGCUGCAAGCCGCCUGCGCCCGCCUGCUGCGACCCGUGCGCCUCCUGCCAGUGCCGUUUCUUCGGCAGCGCCUGCUCCUGCCGCGUGCUCAACCCCAACUGUUGAUCCCGCUGCUGCGCUGCGCUGCGCGCGCAGCUUCUGAAACAGGGUGACUGGGCGGGGCCUCAGGGUCCCGCGCUUCUAGGCUGAGGGGCGGGUCUCUGCGGGUGGGGCUUGUGGGUGGGCGUGGCCAGUGGUUGUGAGUCGUGGGCGCUUUCAGAAGACGGGUUUUCUAGGAAACUUAGUGGAGGCUAAAAUCAGAAUACAGUAUUUUUAGGCUGC